CGUCGCUGGAAGCGGCUAUUAGUUGUACAAGACACCACAGUGGAGGCCUUGAACCAGAGAGCAAGCCUCGAGUCGCCAUUUCUCGAGCGAUCAAGAAUGGAAGACAACAGCAUCCUUCUCAAGGAAGUGUUUGGGGAAUCAUCGGAUAGUGAAGACGACGAUGACGAACAACCAUGCCCUCGCCACUUCGGGGACUAUUCGAUCCACGAAUGUCGUCGAUCCCAGUCUCUGCUCCUUGAAAAACCUAGCUGGGAACGAGUCACUGGGAUCAACGGCUUGUGCUUGUGUAGGGACUUUCUCUCUGCAGAUCGGCAAUCUUCUUUGCUCUCUGCUAUCGAAAACGAAGGGUGGUUCACUGAAGCCUCUCACAAUCAGGCGAUGAGGUUUGGGGAUCUUCCACCAUGGGCAAUUGAACUUUCUAAUUCUAUUCGUGAGGCAAUGCAUUUCAGUGAUGUUGUUUAUGGACUGGUGGACAUCAGGACAUAUGAUGCGGAUAAGGAUGAUUAUUUGUUGCCAUCGGAUUUGCUAUGGAGAGAGCCGCUUUUCAAUCAACUUAUUGUAAAUGUAUACCAACCAGGUGAGGGAAUCUGUGCGCAUGUUGAUCUCAUGCGUUUUGAAGAUGGAAUUGCCAUUGUCUCCUUGGAGUCAUCAUGUGUGAUGCAUUUCACCAGAGAUGAGAGAGACAAUUGCAAUAUUGCAGAGGGAAAAGACAAUCCACCGAAGACAAAAAUUCCUGUAUAUUUGACCCCGGGGUCUCUAGUUUUGAUGUGGGGAGAAGCUCGCUACCUCUGGAAGCAUGAGAUAAAUCGCAGGCCAGGAUUCCAGAUAUGGGAAGGCAAGGAGAUCCAUCAGGAGAAAAGGACCUCCAUAACAUUGAGGAGGCUCUGCAAAAGCGAAUAGUGCGUUUACCAGUACAUGAUUUGGGGCAUUGCCUGCUUUAGCUCUUGUUUAAUCUUCUUAUAUUGUCGUAUACUCCUGCUUCUCCUCAAGGCAGCAUGCACCAACUUGAAAUUUCAAUUAUAAGGAAAUGAAGCAUAGCGCCUAGUUCAAGAAAGAAUGGAAAGUUACAGUGAUCCAACCAAGAUUCCUAAGAACUGGGAAUGUGCUUUAUUGUAUUGUCUGAAUGCUUCUUGUCCAAUUCCUGUCAAUUAGAAUCUAAGGUUUCUGUUUGAGUCAUAGCAUGUGUUCGCUGGAAUGAAACAGCCAUAGAAGAUGCAUUGUUGUUGUAUACCAAAUGAUAAUGCAAAAAGUAUUGUGAAUCCAUUCUCAAA